UUACCACAACCUUUUAUAGAACCGUUCAAAUAUUAAGGCAGUUUAUUAGCAGGCCUGCUCAAAACUCCUACCAUGACGUCUUAUAAGGUGAACGGUUUAAGCUGAAUGAUGAACGGUUAUUUUGUCUAUGGCUCAAUGUGGAGAUGUCAAUAAAGAAACGUUCAAACCUCUAAUAAAAAUAAUAAUACCAUAAUAAUACAAUAAUAAUAUAAUUAAAGAUAACAAAUACUUAUAAAUUUAAUUAAAUAUGAAGUUAACCUAAAUUUUUCUGAAUUGCAAUGCAUUGUUGCACGCUAUAAAAUACUUUUAUUUGUAUAAAUUAAAUAAAUGUUAGUUUAAAAUGGUUUUGAACGAAUCGGCCUGUCACAUAAAUUUAAAGUAGGUAGGUACCUACUAGAAUACUUGAGUGAUACUUGAAAGUUUUCGAUAACUUUAAAUUCGUCCCUAAGUCAUAAAUAAUGUUUUUAAUGUGUAGAGCCGUUCUGCAACCACUUGAAAUAUCCUUUUUUUACUUGUCACGGCUUUUUAAGUCGACGCGCCUUACCUCACAACAGUUUUAGAAGUUUGCCGGAUCGCAGUGAUUUUUAAUAUUCUUAACUUUUGAGGCUAUUAUUUAUUUUACAAGAAAACUAUAUAAUGUCGUAAGUAGAAAGUGUUUACUUAUAAUACCAAGUACUGGGUGGACAUGAAGGCCAAAAUAAAACGUAAAAAUAGAACAAUUCGAGAGAGCAUCAGCAGGACAGGAGGGGGCCCGCCAAGUGGAGAAGAGCUAACAGAAAUUGACAUAAAAUUUUUAAGUAUCCUUGGUGAGGAAUAUGGCAUGGGUUUACCAGCGGUGCAGGUGAACCCAUUGCAGGAUGAUAUGAGACCUGAAGCUGGCCCCUCUGGCAUUCUAGGUAUUGAAGUCGAAUCCAUUACAGAAGAAUGGUUAGAAGUUCCUUCUAGUGUAUCUCAAACUGUUAGUUCUAUCGAGGCAGAUUCUCUACCUGCAGAUGUAGAAAUUACUACUGCAUAA